AUGGAAAUCCAGUUGCUUGGGAAGAACAAGCUAGGGAUAGAUCAUGAGCUCAGUAUCGAAGGAAUUGAUACAGGGAUUGUGUAUGCGAAGAAUGCUAGAGCUGUUUGGGAAGAUUUGACAGAACAAUUUGAUAAGGUGAACACUUCACGACUGUAUCAGCUGCAUAAGGCAAUAGCUACAAUUACUCAAGGAACUGAUAAUGUGUCAGUGUAUUUCUCCAAACUUCGUACUCUUUGGGAUGAGUUUGACAACAUGGUUCCACCUCCAUGUGAUUGCACCAAGCCUAAAAAUUUCAUUGAAUUCAUGCAAAAACAGAAGGUCUUACAGUUUUUGAUGGGAAUGAAUGAAACGUACAAACAAGCUAGAAGCCAAAUUCUGAUGACUAUCCCUACACCACGCAUUAAUAAGGAAUAUUCAAUGCUGGUUGAGAGAGAAAGACAAAGAUCAAUGGCCAAUAUCAUGACAGCAGGGGAUGCAAAUGAUUCUGCACCUUUUUUGGCUAGUAAAGGUGAUAUGUACCGAGACAAAAAAGGAACUGGAAUGUGUAGUGUGACUAUUGUAAGAUGA